GACGCCCGGAAGUGAAGCGGUGUCCGGAAGUGAAUCGGUCCCCGCAGUGCGGCUCCGGCUGCGGCCGUGUCGGCUUUUCUCUGCAAACCCUAGUCACUCUACUGAGAUGGCGAGCGCAGCUGCACCUGUACCCGCAGUCGCCCCCCUGGCUCCGCCUUUGGAGCAGCUUCAGCACUUAGCAGGGGAGCUGCGGUUGCUCUUGCUAGAAGUGCGGGUUGGCGAAGCCCAGGAGACCACCAAAGAGUUCAAUCGGGAGACGUUUUGGAGAAGACUCAAUGAGGCAGCUGUGAAAGUGUCAAGGGAAGCCACGACUCUGACCGAAGUCUUCUCUCGACUUCCACUGCCACUGCCGUCCUCACAGGAAACCCAGAGGUUCUGUGAACAAGUCCGUGCUGCCAUCAAAGCAAUUAUUGCAAUAUACUAUUCACUUCCCAAGGAUCAGGGAAUCACCCUGAGAAAGCUGGUUCGGAGCGCCACUGUGGACAUCGUGGAUGGCAUGGCUCAGCUUGUGGAAGUGCUUUACAUCAAUCCAGCUCAGAGCCCUGAGAACAGUGACCUCAUUUCCUGUAACAAUGUCUGGGUUGCGUGCCAGCAGGUGCCUCAGAUACCAAGAGACAACAAAGCUGCAGCCCUUUUAAUGCUGACAAAGAGUGUGGAUUUAGUGAAGGAUGCACAUGAGGAAAUGGAACAAGCUGUGGAAGAAUGUGACCCUUAUUGUGGCCUCUUGAAUGACAAUGAGGAGGACAACUCUGACAACCACAGUGUUGAAGAGGGUGAUAUUUUAGGAUGUCCAAACAAUCAGGAUUUAUAUUGGUCAGAGGAAGAUCAGGAGCUCAUAAUCCCAUGCCUUGCACUGGUAAGAGCAUCCAAAGCCUGCCUGAAGAAAAUUCGGAUCUCAGUGGCAGAGAAUGGGAAGAAGGAUCUGGUGGCCCAGCUGGAUGACAUUGUGGAUAUUUCUGAUGAGAUCAGCCCUAGUGUGGAUGACUUGGCUCUGAGUAUAUAUCCACCUGUGUGCCACCUGACUGUGCGAAUCAGUUCUGCAAAACUUGUGUCUGUUCUAAAGAAGGCGCUUGAAAUUACAAAAGCAAGUCAUGUGACCCCACAGCCAGAAGAUAGUUGGAUCCCUUUACUCAUUAAUGCCAUUGAUCAUUGCAUGAACAGAAUCAAGGAACUCACUCAGAAUGAACUUGAAUUAUGAGUUUUCAGGCUCAUUUAUCUUCUCCCCUCUCCCUUUCUUUUAGUCACAGCCAGGCUCUGAUGUCUGCUUUUAGUAUAUGUGCUGCCAAAGCGAGCACUGAUGUCUGCUUUUAAAAUGAGGCUAGAAUACGUUCUGGAUUGAAAGGAAGUUCCUGUCUAUAUUUAUUUAAGAGAUACUAUUACCAAAAUUGUUGGCCAGGCCAGACUGGCAAUUAUUUAUAAACCAUAAGAGUAUGAUAUAUUUUUCUGCAUUAGGUACAAAAUAGCAUGAAUUUGUUUUCCUGAAUCAUCUUUCAGAGAUUCCUGGGGAAGCUGCCUUAUUCCCUGUAUUUGCAAUAAAGUGUGUUGUUUCAUUAUUAAA